UGUUUUCGAAGGAACGGAAGUGAUUCAAUGUUUUGGUUCCGGGUCCGUCGGUGAUGAAAUAACUAAUGAGAAAUUGGAUUUGCAAAGAUUUGCUUCUUAGUUGUGCAAACAUAGCAACUAACGUUGAUCAUAUGAGCGUCGCCAUGGUGUCACAGUAAGCUGGAGAGGCUUGCUUGCUAGCUAACUAGUCUCGACAAGUUUGAUACGGAUCAAGUCUUUGUUGGUUGAUACGAAAUGUGUUUGCUGCUCGGAGCAACCGGUGUUGGAAAAACUCUUCUCUUGAAACGUUUACAAAAGCUCAGUGUGAGAGAUGGCACAACUGAUUUAGGGGAACCCCCUGUUACUCUACCUACGGUGGGCACCAACCUGACAGACCUGACUCUGAAGAGGAAGAGGGUGACUGUGAGAGAGCUGGGAGGCUGUAUGAGUCCUAUCUGGCCCAGUUACUAUACGGACUGCUCCUCUGUCAUCUUCAUGGUGGACUCUGCUAACACCACCCAGAUCUCGUCAUCCUGUAUCCAGCUCCUGUCUGUCCUCUCUGCUGAACCUCUCCACACAGCCUCUGUCCUGGUUAUCUUCAACAAGAGGGACCUCCCUUGUACCAUGAGUCUCGUAGAGAUGAUGUCACUGUUCAGGAUGGAUGACAUCAUCGCCUCUGCCACCCAGCCAAUCACGACCCUGGAACUGAGCGCUCGUUCCGGCCAGGGACUCCAGGAGGUGUUGGGCUGGCUGGACUCCACCCUAACUGACUGACAAGAGUGAUGUCAUAGAAGCAUCUUCCUUCCAGGAAGCAGUUCCUCAUUGCUGGUGCUAUCAAGACAACUGGGAACUCUGGGAAAAAUACGAGGUCAAAUCAUGACGUCAGUGAUUUUCAGGUCAGAAAGUCGGUGCUGUAGGAGGCCCGAGUUCCCGAGUUGGAUGACCGUUCAAAAAAUAACAGUUAUCUUGAACGCACUGAAGUCAGAGAUUUCUGAGUUCCCAGUUGCCUUGA